AUGAUAUUACUAGUUUUACUAAUAACAUAUACAGUAAAUUCCUAACCAUACGAUACUGUUUGUGGAACUAAGAAAGCAAUCUAUUAUUAAGAAAUAGUGUCAGUAUCAAAUGUAAUAGUUGGAUUAGGAACAACACCAGCAUCAACAAAUGAUUAUAUAUCUUUACAACCAAAAUUGACUAAUGAUGCUAAUACAUUCCUUUUUGAUGGUUUAGACACUUUUAUGAUAAAGUAAAAAUAAUAAUAAUAAAUUUAGUUUGUGGUUUAGACCAGCAAGAAAAUAGACUAAUCCAGGUGAUAGUUCUGAAACACCUAAACCUGAAUAGGCAAUAUUUAGAAUCUCAAUGGAUACAUCUGAUGAAACACUAAUUACUAAUUAAGGAGUUCGCUUAGGUAUGUAUUAUACAGCAGAUUAUACACAAACAACUUAAUUUAUAAUUAGAUAUGCAAAAAGUUCUACUCCUAAUGUUAUGGUGAAUUCACCAUUCCCAUAUUUAGAAGAAAAAUGGUGUUUUGGAUCUGUUGCAUUGUCAUAUUCAAAAGGUAAAGUUGUUUUUUAUGCAUUUUAACCUGCUGCUCCUAAUGUAAUUGUAAAUCCUAUGCCAAUAACAGAAGUUGUUGGAUUUCAUACUUCAUUAACUUCUUUAGCAGUAAUGUAAUUACUUUAUUGGGGAUCAUCUUAUCAAUAUCAUUAUGGGUAAGUUAGAUCAAUCUCUAUUUUUAAAGAUUAUAUAGAAUUAGAUUAUAAACAUAAUUGGUUUAAUAUUAUGUUCUUAGAUCCUACUUAUUCUGUAUCCUUAUUUGCUAGAUAUAGAUUGGAAGAAAUGACUGGUCAAGUUGUCUAUAAUAAAAUUGAUAUGACUUAAUAAGGAUUCUUAGGUACAGAUAACACUGUUUAAGCCAGUGAUCCUACUUGGGGAAUCGCUAUAGGUUUAUUAUAAUUUGCAUCGGCAUAAACUGUUAAAUUACCAGCAAUCAUAUUUGGAAAUACAAAUACUAUUUUUGGAAUUGCCCUAUGGUUUAGAUCUACAGCUGUUAUUUUAGGAGAUGCUGAUAAUGUUGACUUAACUAAAGAUUUACAAAUCUUUAAAAGAAAUUAUUAAGGAACUACAGAAGUUCUUACUUUAUUAUUUUAUUAAGCUAACGCUGCUUAAUAAGGAACUAAACUAAAAAUUGGAACUACUAUAUUUUAACCAGCUCUUAUAUUACAUUAAAUUAGUGUGUGGCAUCAUAUCACAUGUACUGUUUUAUAUCCAGGUUCAUUACCUGAAUAAUCACAAAUCAUUUAUGACAUCACAUUAGAAAAAGGAAUCUAUUAAGCACAUUAAACUACUAGUCUCAGUAAUUCUUAUUAAGAAAGUCCAACUGACACUAUCAUUUUGGGCAGUGGUUUAAAUUCCUUUUCAAGUGGAAAUUUAUAAUUAUCUAAUAUAAACUUUUUUAAUAAAUACACAGUUUAUGUGGAUGAGGAUGGAGCAGAUACAAAUUUUUUGAAUUGUAAUGCUGAUUGUUAAGUUUCUUUAAAUAGUUUCAGCAGCUAAAUCUGUUUUAUAUGCAAAUCUCCUUUACUAAUGAAUGAAGGUAAUUGUGUAGCAAGUUGUUCAUCUGGUGCUAAUGCAUUGUCUAAUCCAAUAGGAACAAUAGAUCUUUGUCGAAGUUGUGAUUUUAAAUGUAGUUCGUGUAUAGCUAAUGGAAGUUGUAAUGCUUGUAAUACUGGGUAUUACUUAAUCCAGCCAGCAGGUAAUGCAUGUGUAGUAAGUUCAAGUUGCGGAGGUAAUUAUGUUGGUAAUCCUGCAACAUUAAUGUGUACAUUAUGUGGAAAUGGAAAAAAGGAAGCAUCAGAGGGAUGUGAUGAAGGUUUUUUGGUUGCAGUUCCAAUUGCAGCAUAAGGGCCAGGAUGUAUUAAUUGUGUUGUCACAUCCCCUACUUAUAAAUGCUCAGGAGGAACUCCUACAACAAAAGAUAUUUGUAAAUUAGCUUGUGGUGAUGGUAUUUGGGAUGCAGGAGAAAUUUGCGAUGAUGGUAAUAAUGUAGAUGGUGAUGGAUGUUCUGCUGAUUGUAGCACAAUAGAAGAUUUUUAUUAUUGUAUUCCAGUUGGAGCUCCUAUAAAUUGUGAUAAGAAUUGUGGAAAUGGAAAAUUAGAAUCAGGUGCUCCUGAUUUAGAAUAAUGUGAUAUUGGAGGUGGUUCAACUGGAUGUACUAAUUGCUAAGUGGAUAUCGGUUAUGAUUGUGAUAAUUCAAAUCCUUUAGCCAAUCCUAUAAGUAAUUGUACAAAAUUGUGUGGAAAUGGGAGUAUAAAUGCAGGUGAGGAUUGUGAUGAUUAAAAUAAUACAUCUUCAGAUGGUUGCUCAGAUUGUGUGACAGAUGUUGGUUGGAUUUGUUCUGGUACUCCAAGUGUAUGUAGUAAAAUGUGUGGGAAUGGAUUGAGAGAUUAAGGAGAAGAAUGUGAUGAUGGAAAUGGUGUGAAUAACGAUGGGUGUAGCAAUUGUAAGGUGGAUACAGAUUAUGUGUGUAGUGGUGGAAGUGAUACAACAUCUGAUAAGUGUAAAGCUAUACCAGAGAUUUGUGGUGAUGGAAUAAAGAAAUCAACAGAAGAGUGUGAUGAUGGUAAUACAUUAAAUGGUGAUGGCUGUUCUAAAUAGUGUAAGAUAGAGAUUGGAUAUAGUUGUAUGGGUAUAACAUGUUCAUCAAUAUGUGGUGAUGGUAUAAAGAUAUAGAAUGAGAAAUGUGAUGAUGGUAAUGUAUUAGGAGGAGAUGGAUGUGAUGAAAUGUGUAGAAUAGAGAAAUUAUAUUAAUGUGAAGGUGGUUCAUAGGCAGGAAGAGAUUAAUGUAUUCUAAGAUGUGGAGAUGGAAUUAGAGAUGAUUCUGAAUAAUGUGAUGAUAAUAAUGUAGAUGAUGGAGAUGGAUGUUCAUAAUAUUGUAAUAUUGAAUCAGGAUAUGGAUGUAUAGUGUAAGCAUAAUCUCAUGAUUAAUGUUUUAAGUGUUUGAGUAAUUGUGCUAUUUGUACAUCCCCUAAUAGUUGUGAUACUUGUUUAACUAUGUUUUAUUAAUUAGAAUAAUAAUGUUACCCUGGAUGUCCAUCAGGAUAUUAUCCUAAUAAUAAUAUAUGUUUAUAAUGUGGAUCUAAUUGUUCAUAAUGUAUAAACUAAUUAACAUGUGUUAGAUGUAAUUAUGAUCAUUAUUUAUAAAAUGGAAAAUGCUAUUCUCAUUGUCCGCUUGGUUUCUCUGAUUAACCUAAUGCAAUGUUAGGAAAUCAAUGUAUUCCAUGUAAAUCUCCAUGUGCAAACUGCGAUACAACUACAUGUUAUGCUUGCAUUGAAAAGUAUUACUUAGAUUAAGAAACUGCAACUUGUAUGCCAUGUAAUAUGGGAUCAGAAUGUCUUAAAUGUGAUUCAUAAGAUGGAGAAUGUCUCUUAUGUUCUGAUGGGUAUUAUAGAGAUGGUAAAACAUGUACCCAAAUACCAUUUUUAUGUGGAGAUGGUCUUCAUCAUCCUUAAGAGCGGUGUGAUGAUGGCAAUAUCAUUCCUCUUGAUGGAUGUGAUUAAUUGUGUAAAAUUGAGCUAAAUUGGGAUUGUAUACUUUAUGAUCCUUAAGGUCCAGAUGUUUGCUUUCUUAAAGCACCUCCGUAAAUUACUAUCUCAUGGAGUCUUGUCUAUACUAAUAUCAUUUACAUUCACUUCUCUAGACCUAUGAAAUAAAAUAUAGAUUAUAGUAAUCUUACUACUAUUAUUAUUCCAGAUUUAGAACACUUAAAGUUUAAAGAGUUUGAAGAAGUUAAUGAUGAAGGCAUCAUCAUUCAAUAUAAUAGAGCUAAUGCAUUUAUUCCUUAUGAAUAUUCCAUCAUUCCAUUCAAAAAUCAAACCAUUCAAAUCACUUUCUAAUUUCAAAUUACCAUUCAAGAUCUUAUUGCUAACAUUACCUUUAACAACGCUUCAUCUAUAUAAGAUAUUUAUAAUUGGUCUUUAAUCAAUCAAACCACUCAAGAUAGAAGAUUCUUAUAAGAAAUUGAUUCUAUUAAUUCUUCCUUACUUAUUUCUACUCCCUUACCUUACUAUAUUUAUUAUACUGCUACAGAAAAAGACAUUUCUAUUGCUGUUGCUUAUCUUCUUCUCAUUCUAUCCAUUUUUGGAGUACUCUCAGGAUUCUACUAUUAUUAUAGAAUUGGAGAAGGUAGAAUCAGAAAAACUAUUGAAUUUAUCUAAGUUAUCAGCAUGCUACGAUAUAUUAAUAUCAGAAUGGGAUAUAAUCUAGAAUAAAUAUUCACUGUUCUAGAUUAUUUUAAUCUCACUUUUAUACCCAAUGUUUUUGAUUUAAUUACUAACGAUUGCGAUCAAUCUGAUGCACCUUCUAAAUUUUAAUAUUAUAAUUACAAUACCUAAAUGCUUUCAGAAGGAGGAGGCAGAUUCUUAACUGCUUUUGGAGCCUUGCUUUUUAUACUUGGCAUUAAUUAAAUCUUUUAUAGAUUUGUACCAGAUCCAGAUAUUGAAUAUUAUGCUGAACAAGUUCAUAAAUAUUUCAGAUGUUAAGGUCUGACUAUAUUUAUUGAAAUAUUUUUUAUGGAUCUUAUAUUAAGUAUAGUUUUAAAUUUAUAAUACUAUGAUGUUUCUAAUGUUUAUGGUAUUAUAAAUCUAGCCCUAUCUAUCCUAUUUGCGAUUUCAAUUAUGGUAUUGAUUGUAUUAAUUAUUUAAAAAUUAAUAAGAAAUCCUCAUAUUAUAAGAGUAAAACAAGUUUAUGAUUAUUUUGGAGAAUUCUUUGAUGGUCUAUUAUUUACUACUCCUUAUACUAAAUUUUUUGCUCUUGUACCUUACUUAUAAAAGAUUAUAAUAGCGAUAGCUUUGGUAUUUUUAACUGUAUAUCCUUAAAUUGGUUUAUUAGUAUUGAUAAGAUUAGGAUUUUAUUCACUCUCUGCUAAUGUUAUUCCAAUAUACUAUAUUGAAUUAUUCGUUAGAGAAGUAUGUUAUGAUGUAAGUAUGACCAUAAUUACUCUAACUAUUUUUGCAUUAGAUAAUGAUUAAAGUAGCAAACAAUAAAAAAUGGAUGUAGGAUGGGGAAUUUCAUCUUUAAUUGUAUUUACAAUGGGAUUGCAAAUAUUUUUUGUGAAAUAUGCAAUUUCGAUAAUUGACAGAAUGAUUCCUCCAAUAAUGCCAGAUCAUGAAGAGAUUGUUCAAUAAGAACCUGAUCAAGGUAAUAAAGACCUUCACAUUUUACAAUAAGCUGUUGAAAUGGAAAAUUUAGAGAAUGAAUUUUUUAAUAAUAAAUGAC